AUGUUUCCUGGUGUUGCGGUAAUUACUGGUGCAGGUGGAACGGGAAUCGGUGCUGCAACUACAAAAGCCUUUGCUGCAGCUGGGUGCAAGCAAAUCGCUAUCACAGACCUCAAUGAAGAGUCUCUACACCAAACGGCAGAAGUUAUCACAUCUACAUAUCCCGAAGUUCAACUACUAGUAAAGGCCGGGAACGUGGCAGACGACCAAUUCGCAGAUUCAUUCAUUGAUGCAGUCGUACAAGAAUUCGGACGAGUAGACUACGCCGUGAAUUGCGCCGGUGUUCUUGGUAAGUCUCUACGCUCAGCAGAGACAUCACUUGAAGAAUUCGACCGCGUCAAUAACAUCAACUACCGAGGCUGUUGGCUCUCAUCUCGUGCAGAGCUCAGGCAAAUGGUCUCACAAAGCGAACUACCUAGCCAUGACGUCAAUCGUCCACCUCAGCGUGGUGCUGUAGUAAAUGUCGCCAGUCAACUUGGUAUUGUCAGCCGACCGGGUGCUCCUGCAUAUUGUGCAUCGAAGGCUGCUGUCAUUGGAAUGACACGUGCAGAUGCGAUCGAUUAUUCCAAAUAUGGGAUUCGAGUUAACUGUGUCUGUCCGGGGGUUAUUGAAACGCCACUAGUAAUGGAGAAGCCUGAGGUUCGUGACGUCAUCAUGCCAGCAGUACAGACCGCGCCGAUGAAGAGAAUGGGUCAGCCAGCAGAAGCGGCUGAUGUAAUUCUUUUCUUGUGUUCAACACAGGCAUCGUUUGUACAGGGCCAUGCCAUGGUGGUUGAUGGUGGAUAUAUAACGGUCUAA